CCCCAUUUUCCCAAUCUUUUUAAACCCACCACCGGUUUCUCUCUCUAGCUCAGCUCUUUCGAUCUUCUGCCCCCCACCCAUUUUCUCAUGGAAGAAGAAUUAGAAUUCCUCGAAUCAGAGGUCAUUUUCCAUGAAAAUGUCCUUGAAGAAGAGGAUAUCAUUUUCCCUGCAGGUAAUUUUAAAUCCCAGAAUUCAAGAAGUAAGAAGCCGAGGAGGAGGAGGAGGAAGAAGAAGAAGAGUUCUAUUCCCAUCAAUGUCCCGGAAAACGUCUCCGGGAAUCCGUGGAUUCAGGCCGUGGAAACCGAUUUCUUCGACGACGACGACGAGGGGGAACAGUUCGUCCCGCCUCAUGUGAUUCUGGGUCGCCGGAUUUCCGACGGGAAAAUGGCGUUUUCGGUGUGUACCGGAAACGGGAGGACUCUCAAGGGAAGGGAUUUGAGCCAAGUCCGGAAUUCAAUUCUCCGAAUGACAGGUUUCUUGGAAACUUGACUUCCACGCUGUUUUUUACGUAAAUACUCCUUUUGGAUUAGCUUAGAGUAGCACGGAAAGGAAAGGAGAAGAAAAAAAAGAAAAAAAAAACUAUUCCGGUCAUUUUGAUUUUGUGAUUGUUUUUGAACAUUAGACUACGUUCGGAUACUCUCAUUCAUUGAAUUGUUGUGAUUGUAAUAGAAAACAGAAAGGUAAAUUUGAUAUUCAAGAUUGAAAUAAACAGAAAGUCUGUGUACACAGCAAAACUGUGCACAGAUUGCAUUGUAGGAUCCAUCACGGGUUCCACAUAAAUGAUCUGAGUCAUUCAUUAUGUUUGAAACAUUUUUUCAUGAGCAGCCUCGAAAAAUCAGCUCAAUCCGAUACCUAUAAGUACUUGAUCUAAUUGUCUAACUUUUCAUGAUCCAAAAACCUGGAAAAAAAAAAAGAGUUAGAUGAUUAGAUUAAAUACUUAUAAAUAUCGAAUUGAGCUGAUUUUUAAUUACGUCCGUUGAAAAAAUGUUUUAAACAUAAUGAACGGAUUGAAUUAUUUGUGUGGGACCCGUAAUGGACCCCACAACACAAUAUGUGCACAAUCUGUUCACAAUUUUGCUGUGUCAGUAGCAAGGUUGAGAAAUAAACCAUUGAGUUUAUUUGGAUUCUCUUUUGAAGUUAUGGGCUUCUAUAUUUUGUUUGGUGGUACUUUGAACCAGGGUUUUAAAUUACUGUACAUCAAGUAUCAAUGAUAUGGUUGUAUAUUGGCCGAUAUUAGAUCAUAUUGAACUGUAUGAGUAGAUAUGUAAGCAAAUAACGGUAUUAAAGGUCCACAAUGCUACGUGACCGUCGUUAGUUAAAAUUCUA